AUGGCUAGUUUUGGACGCGUUUCCUUGUAUUACGAUCCUCUCCAUCGUGAAAGAUGCAUUGGGUUGUUAGACAACGGGCAUCCCUGCCCACACGACGUCGAUCUAAAGUGGCGGAAUCUCGCCUCAAAAAGCGUGACGGAAAAUCUGCUAUGUGACUUCCACAGCCGUGCCCUGGUGCGCCCGACGAAACAUGGGUAUGUACCAGAUCCUCCACUGCUUACUGCGAUGGUCACUAAUGAUACCUCCAGACAUAUAUCACCCAUGAUCCAAAGAAAACGCCAAUCCAUGAUGCAAGAAGCUCCCUCUCACCUUCUGCGUCAAGUGGCUGGAGGAAUCAGGAGUCAAUUGGAGGGCAAAAAUUGCAACAAACAGACAUCUUCAUCCUUGCGGGGCUGA